AAGCAUUGAGGUGACAACUACCGAUUUUCACGAAUUCCGCACGUGUCCUGUAGACCCAGGCCUUGGUCAGAAUGGCGACCGACACCGACCAAACCGUCAAAGCGAAGAAGCCUGCCCGACCGAAAAUGUUACAGCGGAUCGUUGAAGCGAUUCAGGCGCAACCACCCACCAACAAGGGCGUAUCCAUCACCACUAUCAAGAAUUUUAUGAUUGAAAAGUACGGGAUGGAGAAUAAUGAAACUCUGAAGAAUUCGCUCCGGAAGGGCAUCGCGGAGGGAGCACUCGAGGACUUGGUUGUCCGGCCAAAGGGUUCUGAAGCGACAGGCUUGACCGGAAGACUGAAGAUCAACAAGCUAAAACUUGCAUCCAUGGAAAAAGAAAAGAAUAAGAAAAUGAAGUUGGAUGCUAAACGGGCGGAAGUGAAAGAAAAGGCAUUUAAGGCAAAGACGGACAAGCCGAAGUCGCGGGCUGACAAACCCAGAUCAAAGAAAGUGAAGGAAAACAAGUCGCCCAAGAAGACAAAGACAACGCCAAAAACAACGCCCAAAAAAACUGCGUCUAAGAAGCCUACAGAAGCGAAACCUAAAGCUGCUGGCAAAAAGACGCCAACCAAAAAGACGCCAACCAAAAAGGCGCCAGCAAAGAAGGCCGCAGCCGGGGCCAGAGUCAAGAAGGCAGCUGCAACCGCUCCAUCGACGCCGAGGGAAAAACUGAAAGCCACCAAAUCUAAGAAGGCGCGUGUGUGAUGAGGAUCCUCCUCCUGACAUAAAACUAGCAGAAUCCGGGUAUGGGACAAUUCGCAUCACGUGUUCUUCCGGUUGGUUACCCCGGUGCUCAUUGUUUUUAUUGAAUACAUUUUAUAUGCGCAUGUGGACCACUGCAAUGACUUUAUCAUAAAAAAUGAAGUGAAUGCAGGUGAUGAAUGUACAGGAGGGGGGAGUGGAAAAAAGGGAUCAACUUCCCUGGUGCACUCGUUGAGUGAUCACGAAAAGUGAUCAUACAAUAUGCAUGGCCAUUGCACGUCUUUGUUAACCAUGUUUUUGUCAAGUGUAAUGUCUUGGAUUUUUGUAUCGUACUUUGUCACAUUAUUCAGUCUUUUUGUACAAUGUGGAUCAAACAAAUAAAUUAUGAAUAAAAGCAUCUCGUUUUGUAAUUGUCAAUUUGACCAAUGUACCAGCAUAGCGCUGGAAACCUCUGUCCACUGUAUGCAAGC